UGCGCACAAUAAAACCCCUGAGAGACUAUACUAUUCCCUUUGUUUUCUGAUAUAUUCCCUUUUUUUUUCUCAAGCUGUAAUUGCUUAGCUAGCUAGCUAGGUAGGGACAUCUCUCUCUAUCUCUCUCUCUCUCUAUGCAGCUUGGAGACAACACAGCCAUGGAAACCUCCUCCGGUGAGGCUGUGGCGGCGCAUGACGGUGGCGAGGUGAUUAUGAUGGAUGCAACUUCCGGUGAAGAGAAGGGAAAAGAGGGUGGCUUAGAAGAAGAAGAAGGUGACAAGAUCAACAGCUCAUGUGCUGGGAACAGAUGGCCCCGCCAAGAAACUUUGGCUCUCUUGAAGAUAAGGUCGGAUAUGGAUGCUGUAUUUCGUGAUUCAAGUCUUAAGGGUCCACUUUGGGAAGAAGUUGCAAGGAAACUAGCAGAACUGGGUUACCACCGAAGCGCGAAGAAAUGUAAGGAGAAAUUCGAGAAUGUGUACAAGUACCACAAAAGAACCAAAGAGAGUAGAAGCGGGAAACAAGAGGGUAAAACCUACAAAUUUUUUGAUCAAUUACAAGCCCUUGAGAACCAAUUCAUUGUCUCUUACCCGUUAAAACCACAACCCACUUUGGCAACAACAAACACGGUUGCAUUAUUACCUCCCCCAACAAGGCCUAGUGAUACAACAACAAUCUCUUAUGUCACCGCCACUGUUCCCUCCACAAACCCUACAGCAAUAUCUCCAUCACCACCUCCACCACCACCACCACCAACCAAUGCCACCACGACAACCACCAUCACUUCUCCAACAGUGCAAACCAACCCUAGAAACCCUCCACAACCCAACAACAAUAACCAUGACAUCCCUUACACUUUGCCUAACAUGAACAACCUCUUCUCCACCACUUCAACCUCUUCUUCCACCGCCUCUGAUGAAGACUUGGAAGAGAAGUACCGGAAGAAGAGAAAGUGGAAGGACUACUUCAGGAGGCUCACAAGGCAGGUUUUGGCCAAGCAAGAGGAAAUGCAAAAGAGGUUCCUGGAAGCCAUAGACAAAAGGGAGAGAGAACACGUGGCACAGCAAGAGGCUUGGAGGAUCCAAGAAAUGGCAAGGAUCAACAGAGAACACGAACUUCUUGUCCAAGAAAGAUCAACCGCAGCAGCCAAAAAUGCAGCGGUUAUUGCCUUUUUGCAACAGUUAUCUGGUCAGAACCAGAACCCCUCAACACAAGCCGGUGCCAAUUUUCUUCAAACACCGCCGCCUUCACAACCACCACCUCCACCCCAAGUAUCACAACUAAAACCACCAUCCCAACAAGCACCAUUGGUGAUGUCAAAUAAUAACAACAUCGAAAUUCAGAAAAUGAAUAAUGGUCACAGUGCAGUUGCUGCUACUCCUACAACUGCUGCUACUGCUAUUUGCGUUGUUGCUACGACUCCCACUUCAUUGAACUCCUUAUCUUCUUCUAGGUGGCCAAAAGCUGAAGUUCUUGCUUUGAUAAGGUUGAGGACGAGUCUUGAAACCAAGUACCAAGAAAAUGGACCAAAGGCUCCACUAUGGGAGGACAUAUCAGCAGGAAUGUUGAGGCUCGGGUACAACAGGAGUGCGAAGAGAUGCAAAGAGAAGUGGGAGAACAUCAACAAGUACUUCAAGAAGGUGAAGGAAAGCAACAAGCACAGGCGCGAGAAUAGUAAGACAUGUCCGUAUUUUCACGAACUGGAUGCCAUAUACAGAGAAAAGAGCAAAAGUCAGAACCCCUUUGGCGCUUCAUUCCUGAACAUGAAGGCACAUGAGAUGAUGGAGCCCUUGAUGGUGCAACCGGAGCAGCAGUGGCGACCUCCGUCCCAAUACGAGCAAGGUGCAGCGAAGGAGAACAGUGAGAGUGAAUACGAAAGAAAAGAGAGAGAGGAGGAAGAGGAAGAGGAUGAUGAAGAAGAAGUAGAAGAGGAUGAGAAUGAAGAGGGGGAUCUGGAGAGUGUGGAAGAUGAAGGAGGGAACCGUUAUGAGAUUGCGACAAAUAAACUUUCUUCGGUGGACACAGUUGAAUGAGACAAGAUAAGGAAGUUUCUGAUUGGAUGGAGAGUUUAAUUUUAAUUUAUAAUUUGAAUUUGAAUUAAAUUUAUUUGGGGGUUUUAAUUAUUUAAUUUGAUUUAAUUUGAAAUUUCCAAUUCGGGGUUAGGAAAUGUCAGUGAGAGGUUUUCAUAGCAGAUAGACACUAAAGGGUAUGGCACAAACACCUGCACUAUAAAAUUCAAUUCUUUAAUAAUGAGGCAUCUAAAAGCAUGGUGGUGCACAAGGUACCUAUCUGACACACUUUCUGAUGAUGGGCCAGCUUAAAAGCAGAUGAUUGGAGUUGUGGGUCACAUUCCGGCCGCCAUGAACUGGGAUCAGAGUAAAGAUCGUUAACAACAGUUCACAUGGGCCAGCAAAGCAGAAGAAGUUGUAGUGGGUGUACAUGUUUUAGCGCUCUUUAAUUUAUAAUGUGUAAAGUGUAAAUUGAAGAUGACAGACAAACAGAGAGAAUAUGAGGUCCCAUGUAUAACAGUUUAAUAAGAUAAAAGAAAAACUCACAUGCAACUCUUGUAAUUUUCCUUUACUUUCAUUUUAUAUCACGGAACCACUCUGUACUUCUACUUUCA